AUUUCUUUCACUGUUUUUUUUUUUUAAUUUGAUUUCUCUCUCUCUUAUUCCCUUCGAACAUCUUCUCCUUCUCCACCCUCCAUUCCUCCUCUGUUACCAAACCCACCAUCACCAUAGCUUCGACCAACAAAAAAGGAACAAAAAAAACUCCGUUCUUCGAUUAAGUUUCCGACAAACUGGGCUGCGGCAGAAGACAAAAAAGAUUUAUGUGAAAAAAAAGGGAACCCUGUCUUUAUUUUUUUGGGGUAAUAUUGUGUCGAAUCGCAAAAAGGGCCAUUCUGUUUCCCUUUUGUUGGUUUUUGGCUUAGGGUUCUGCAGAAACCACGAGCCGUAUACAUUGCUGCAACAAAAAGUCUGUCACUCGCAUUUCCUCUUGCGUGUUUCCCAAGAAAAGCCCUGACCAUAUAUUCCUAAGCUCUGUUCCCAAGGACGACCCAUUACCAAUCUAAGGCUGUUCCUGUUCCGCCGGGAUAAAAUCCGAUAACUCGGCCGAGAUGGAUCGGAUUUAUUCCGCGUCGGUGAUUCCCGACUCGUUCGUAGGGUACAGAGACGGCCUUACGAUGCAGGUUUCGAUGGUUUGGGAUCAGAUGAGAGCUCCAUUGAUCGUUCCGUUGCUGAGACUUGCGGUUUAUGUGUGUCUGGUAAUGUCUGUGAUGCUCUUCGUGGAGAGGGUUUAUAUGGGAAUCGUCAUUUCGCUGGUGAAGCUCUUUGGCCGUAAGCCUGAGAAACGUUACAAAUGGGAGCCGAUGAAGGACGACAUCGAGCUCGGAAACUCGGCUUAUCCUAUGGUUCUUGUCCAAAUCCCCAUGUACAAUGAACGCGAGGUUUAUCAGCUUUCAAUCGGUGCUGCUUGCGGGCUCUCAUGGCCUUCCGAUCGGAUCAUCAUUCAAGUUCUCGACGAUUCCACUGAUCCGACAAUCAAAGAUCUAGUGGAAUUGGAGUGUCACAGAUGGGCAAGCAAAGGAGUGAACAUAAAGUACGAGAUAAGGGACAACAGGAGCGGCUACAAAGCAGGAGCUCUGAAAGAAGGAAUGAAGAAAAGCUACGUUAAGAGCUGCGACUACGUUGCCAUCUUCGACGCAGAUUUCCAGCCGGAACCCGAUUUCCUCUGGCGGACCAUCCCUUUCCUCGUCCACAAUCCCCGUCUCGCCCUCGUUCAGGCUCGCUGGAAGUUCGUGAAUGCGGACGAAUGUCUGAUGACAAGAAUGCAAGAAAUGUCGUUGGAUUACCAUUUCACAGUCGAACAAGAAGUUGGAUCCUCCACUUACGCAUUCUUCGGAUUCAACGGGACUGCAGGGGUAUGGAGAAUAUCGGCAUUGAACGAAGCAGGAGGAUGGAAGGACAGAACAACAGUGGAAGACAUGGACUUGGCUGUUCGGGCAAGUCUCAAGGGUUGGAAGUUCUUGUACCUUGGCUCUUUGAAGGUUAAAAAUGAGUUGCCAAGUACAUUGAAGGCGUAUAGGUACCAGCAGCACAGGUGGUCUUGUGGUCCAGCCAAUCUCUUCAUGAAAAUGAUAUUGGAAAUUAUUACCAACAAGAAUGUGAGCCUGUGGAAGAAAUGCCACGUGAUAUACAGUUUCUUCGUGGUUAGGAAAAUAGUGGCACACAUAGUAACGUUUGUGUUCUACUGCGUUGUGUUGCCCGCGACUGUGAUGGUGCCUGAAGUCACUGUCCCAAAAUGGGGAGCCGUUUACAUUCCUUCCAUCAUCACUCUCCUCAAUGCCGUCGGUACCCCCAGGUCGCUGCAUCUGAUGGUGUUCUGGAUUCUGUUCGAGAACGUCAUGUCUCUGCAUAGAACGAAGGCUACGUUCAUUGGACUGAUUGGCGCUGGGAGAGUUAACGAAUGGAUCGUAACCGAGAAACUCGGAGACGCCAUUAAAGCCAAAUCAGCCUCCAAGGCACCAAGGAAGCCUCGUUUCAGAUUCGGAGAGAGGAUGCAUGUGCUGGAGCUUGGAGUGGGAAUGUAUCUCUUGUUGGUGGGAGUAUACGACUUGUCGUUUGGGAAGAAUCACUACUAUCUCUACUUGUUCGCUCAAGCCUUUGCUUUCUUCGUCAUGGGCUUUGGUCAAGUUGGUACCUUUGUCCCUCACGCCUAAGUUUUUUUUCUUCUUUCGCCCAAAAAAAAAAGGAGGAGGAGGAGGAGGCGUUUUCGAGCUUGGGAUGCUCGGGAAAUAAGAUAGUUUCGUUUUGCUCUUGUUUUGUUUUUUUAUUAUAAAUUUUUAUUGUUUGGUGUGAAUAGAAGGGAAAGAUUGAUAUGCUACACCAUGAGGGAAGAAGGUAUAUGUGUAAUGUGGAAGUGAGAGGAAAGAAGAAGGAAUUUUGAGUGAAAA